CUACCUAUCUAUCUAUUUACUACAAGUUAACAGUUAAGUAAUCCAAUCAAUUAAUCGAAAAAUAAAUAAAAUGUCUACCUGCCACGACAAUCCCCCCCUUCCCGGUUCCCCUCGAACCACCAAAAGCAAAGUCCUCGAGACAGGCGCUGCUGCAGUGCAGAACUUCACUCCUGUCAAGCAGAUCUGCGCCCAUUUGAAUGCGUUCCAUGUCUACGCUGAUGAUCCGACGAGAUGUGUGGAGGCGAAUCAUUACUGUUCGCAUAUUACUGAGGACAUCAGACAAUGCCUCCUCUACGACUCCCCCAACGCCAACGCGCGCCUCAUCGGCCUCGAAUACAUGAUCUCCCCUCGCCUCUUCCGCACGCUCCCCGAAGAAGAAAAACACCUCUGGCACACGCACGAAUUCGAAGUCAAGAGCGGCAUGCUCGUCAUGCCCUCGCCCGCAAUGAUGCCCGACAUCGCGUGGGACACGGCCGAGACGUCCGAGAUGUACGACGUGGCGCCGCUGUACGGCAAGACGUACCACUUUUGGCAGGUGGAUCGCGGCGAUGCGCUGCCGUUGGGCCCGCCUGUGCUGAUGGGGAGCUUUGUCUCUGAGGAGACUGUGAAGCUGGCGGAGAAGGGGGGGUUGAGUGAGUUGUGUAAGGAUAGGGACCAGCGGUUUGGGAUUGAUACCGCUAAGAAGGCGGAGAUGAGGAAGGAUAUUCCUGAUGUGGAUAUGGAUCCUGCUGCAGAUGCUGGCAAGCCUAAGUAGGACAAGACAAGUACAGUGUAAAAUGAUAAUAAUGUCAAUAGUAUUAAGAUAGUCUAAAGUGAUGUCUCCCAUCUUUACCACCCAGCAUCCCAUUCCCAUAGUUAAAUGGGGUCCACGCCGGGCUAUCGUUCAGGGAAGUUAUCCGAAGACAACAAAUGUUCAUCUUGCUUCACUGUCCACACUCACUCGCUCUGGUUUUUUAUUUCGGCAGCGGU